AAUUGAACCAAUUAACGCGGUCAGUUAAGCGACGGCUCGUGCUCAAGCAAAGACACACGUUUGUUUGAGUGCGUUUGAGUUUUUUGAGUAGUCAACAUCGCGUUGUUGUAUUCUUCGCUUCCUUCUCGCUAGUUAUUAAUUUAUUUCGUAUUAAAAAAAAAAAAAAAGAAAUAAAAUAGUGACUCAAAAAGAAUCGAAUCAAAGCAAAUAAAGAUAAAAAAAAGAUAAAGAAAAUAAAACAAGACGAUAAAGUCGAGUCAAAUGUUUAAAUCGGAGGAUAUUCCCGAUAGUUUAACUUGUUGGUUGGAGGAGUUGCGUUUUCGUACGGAAAAUUACGAGCCGUCGCGGUAUUUUCGACCGAACUCGUCGGAGUUUUCGUUGUUGUUGUGUUCGAAACAAGAAAAUAAGGAGAUUAGUAUGCACAAAGAUUCGAAUAAUUCGAAAAGUGUUUACGUUCGGCUUUGGGAGUGCACGUCGAGCGGUUCCGGGCAAAGUUCGGCCGAUUGUAAAAUUAAUUUCGCGGAAGAACGACCGGUUUCGACCGUUUUUCAAGAAUGCGUCGAACAGGAAUUUAAUAAACGUCCGGUUAAAGUCGAAAAAGUCGAGUUUUAUUUAACCAAAGAUGUUCUUCACUGGAUUACCAAUUUGUGGUAUAGUAGCGAGGAAGAAGAUGAAUUUGAAGAGGAGAUUCUCGAUAAAUGCACGGAAUUCGACCAAAAACAUUCCAAUUCACCGACGAGGCCUAAACCAGCGAAAUUCCCGGCGAUUCCUGAUGAUGGCGUCGGUGGGGUUGAGUUAAGGAGAAGCGAAUCGAGCUCGAAUAGGAAGGAAUACGCUCAAACUAUUCAUGAAACUACGAAUAGUAUUAAAGGGUAUGUUGAAUGUUUUUUUAUCGGAGGAUGA